AUGGAGGAGUACCACGGCACUGAGUGUGACAGGGCAUCUGAGACCUCAUCCUUCGUAGAAGAUGAAGAGGAGGAGGAAGAAGAAGAGGAGGAGGAAGAAGAAGAGGAGGAGGAAGAAGAGGCUGUGGACCCAGAGGAAGCAGAGUUGCUGACUAACAGUUUAAAAGAUGUUAUCAAAAGUGAAGAUGUGAAACCCAAGCUGCAUUACAUCAUGACUAACCCUUCCUUUUCUAUGGUAACAGUUCAAAGUGAAGACAGUCGGAUAACCUGGGAAACUAGCUCGAGCAGAUGUUCUACUCCCUGGGCCUCAGAAACUAGUACAACUUCUGAUCUUUACAGUAUGGAUAGUUCACCAGUAGGUUCUCCUCCAGGAAAAGUAAUCUUUAUUAUGGAUGAAGGUAAGAUUGUUCGGAAAAGGAAGCGCAAAUCUUCAGGUAGGGUGCCAACGGCUACAAGCCUGAGGGGAGGCCAGCACAAUAAAAAACGUGACUCUUCUGGAAUGCAGAGGCAAGAACCAAGAACUGUUCUAGGAGAUGUGCAGGCUUCUGUGUUGAAUGUUGAACAGGUGGAAGCACAAGACACAGAUGAGGAGAUGUUGGAUGACAAAGAAGACACAGAGAACGCUGCAGAAGAACCAGUAAAACGUGCUCCAAUAAGAUCAAUAUUUAGAGAGAGCAGACUGAGAAAAGUAGGGCCAAUCCUUGGAGGACCAGUGCAAGCUAGAAUCCAGCUGUUCAACUCAAUUUUUGGAGGGACUGGGCCAGCCCCUGAAACACUGGAGAAAAGCAAAAUCCAGAGAAGCAGCUUAGUUUCAGGUGAUUCUGAACAGUUCCUUGAAACAUCAGUAAAAGAAAGACUGCAGAAGUUCAGUUCACUUUCAGAAGUGACACACCUAAAACCUUUCUGGAAAGAAAGAAGUAGAGAUCUUGAAACGCCGUCAGAGAGAAGAAGAAGACAACAACUUGCAGCACAAGCAGAUGAACACUAUUCUUCACCAACAAUGCCUCCUGAAAAACGGCUUACUAAUAACGAUGAUGUUUCUUCUGAAAAUAUUAAACCCGUUAAAGAUAAACCAAGCACACUUUCAAGCAUUGAUGAAGAACCAACUCUUCAACAUGGAGAAAGAAAAGACAAACAAUCUUCUUCAGAGAUUCCAAAUCAAUUAUCGGGGAUUUCACUGAAAUCCAGCCCUCUUGAAGAAACCAGGAAGCAGCUAAGUUAUUCACUUGUGGCGAAAACGUCAGUAAAAGAGCAAACAACUGCUCUUUCUGAUGAUAAAUCAGAGAAACAACUGCUGCUUCCCUCAGCUGAAAAUGCAAACAAGAAACUAGAUGAAUCUCCAUGGUCAGCACCAGGUCAUCUGGGUGAACCAAAGGAGGAGGAAAUUCAGCCCAAUUCUGCACCACAGUCCAUUUCAACCAGUUUUGUUAAUGAGUUAGAUAGACAAAGUACCCAACUUACUUUGCCUACAGCAUCCAUGUCCGAGCGUCCCGAGAGAGAAACACAGAUGUCAGCAGUUCAGUCUUACUUACCCAGUGCUCCAUCAGAUAAAUCUAAAUAUUCCAGUCUAUCUGAAACAAGACAGGAGGAUACUCUUCCUCAGUCAUCAGAAACUGCACAAUCUUUACCACAUUCUAUAGAUGAAAUGGAGAAGGAAGAAACUGAGUGUCACUCAUCAACAAGUGCGCUGUCAGAAACUGGGCCUUUGGGUCUAUUGUAUUCUGCUAAGAAACAAGAGGAUCAAAAGACUCCAUCACUGGAAACCCAAAAUGUUCACUUAGAGAAGCAAAUAAAGCCUGCACAAGACCUUUCCUCCUCCCUUCAGGAUACAGAGGAGCAAGGAAUUAAACUAAUUUCACGUAUACCUGAAAAGGUAGAUUCAAAAUAUUUUGGUGUUUCAUAUCCUAUUCACACAGAAACAGAAGAAACUUCAGCUAUAAAUAAAGCAGUAGAUUUUGAUCACUCUGAUUUUUCCAUUGAAAGAAACAAACAAGCAGGUAGUGCACAAAUGGAGAUGGAGCAUCCAAAUUUCUCAUAUUCCAGCAAAGAAGUUGGAGAAUCAGAGAGAACACAGAUGGAGACAGAACACCCCGACUUCUCUUCUUCCAAGGAAGAAACAGAGGUAUUGGAGGGUGCACAGAGGGAGGGGCAACAUCUAGAAUGUUCUUUUUCCAGAGAAGAAAUGGAAGAACCAGAAAGUGCACAAAGGGAGACAGAACACCCAGAUUUCUCAUAUAUGUGGGAAGAAAUGGAAGAAUCAGCAAAUGCAAAACUGGAGACAGAAUAUCCAGAGUUGCUUUUUUCCACAGAAGAAAAAGAGGAACUGGGGAGUGCCCAACUGGAAACAGAGCAUCUAGAUUCCUCGUAUUCCAAGGAAGAAACAGAGGAAUUGGAGAGUGCCCAACUGGAGACAGAGUAUCCAGAAUAUUUUUCCAAGGAAGAAAGAGAAGAAUCAGAGAGUGCACAGCUGGAGAUGGAGCAUCCAGACUUUUCUUUCUCCAGGGAAGAAGUAGAGGGAUCUGAAAGAGAAUCUGAAAGUGUACAACUGAUGAUGGAGCACCCAGAUGUCUCAUAUUCCAGAGAAGAAACAAUGAAAUCAGAGAGUGCACAGCUGGGAAUGGAGUGUCCAGACUUUACGUUAUCCAGGGAUGAAGUGGAGGAAUCAGAAAAUGCACAGCUGGAAAUAGAACAUCUAGAUUUCUUUAAUUCCAAGGAAGAAACAGAGGAACUGGAGAGUGCCCAACUGGAGACAGAGCAGCCAGAUUUCUCAUUUUCUGCUGAAGAAACAAAGGAACUGGAGAAUGCCCAACUGGAGAAAGAACACCCAGAAUUUACUGUCUCCAGGGAAGAAAUGGAAGAACUGGAAAAUGCACAGCUGAAGAUGGAGUCCUCAGGCUUUUCUUUAUCCAGGGAAGAAGUGCAAGAAUCAGAAAGUGCUCAGCUGGAAAUGGAACAUCGGGAGAUUUUAUUUUCCAGGGGAGAAACGGAAAAACAAAAAUCUGUUUCUUCUGAACUGUAUCAGCCAGAGUCUUGCUCCCCUGAAGAAGAAGAGAAAGAAACAGCACAGCUUGAGAUGGAACCUUUGGAUUUAUCAUGUUUGAUGGAAUCAACAGAGAGAGAAAACACUACAGAACCCCAAAUGGUGCAUCCAGAUACAUCUGAUUCCACUGGAAGAGCUGAGACACAGCAAACUGGGUACCUGAAAACAGCACAUUCAGAUUUACCACAUCCCAUAAAUAACACAAAGCAGCUAGAAUUGGCAGAGGAAAAUUUGAACCAUUCUCUUACAUCGUAUCAUGGUAACAAAGAAGAACUGCCACAGCCUGUACAGCAGGAGUCACAGCCUGGAAGUAAGCUGUAUUCCCAUGCCAUGGGAGUGCAAGGAGAAAUUACUCGGCUACCAUCAGAGCAUCCAGUUUUAUCAUAUUCUGUUGGAAAAGAACAGCAACAUAAACCCUCGCAACUGUGGGCAAAACAGACAGAAACAUUAUAUUCCACUGGCAAGACAGAACAACAGGAAAUAUUGCAACCAAAUUUAGAACAAGCAGGUUUACCAUAUUCCCAGGGAGAAAUAUCACAAGAAGUUGUACAAAGAGGCUUAGAAGAUCCAGAGACAUCAUAUUUCAUUAGUGUUGCAAAACAACAUGAAAAUGUACAACUGGUUUCAAAAAAACAGGAUAUCUCAUUUACCCCUGGAGAAGAAAUGAAAGGAGUGGAGUUGGGGUCUUUGGAGUCUUCAGAUUCGAUUGACAGAGCAAAGCCCUGGGGAAUGGCACAAAUGGAGCAGGAGCAAUUACUUCUCUCCUGUUCCACUGCUGGUCAGCAACAGGAAACUACACUGCUGGAAGUAGUCCAGCCAGAUACAGCAUAUGCCUUUGGCAGAAUGGAACAACAAGAAAUAAUACAAAGAGAGCAGGAACAGCAAGAAAGGGCCCAACAAAAAGCUGUGGAAAUGGAGUAUUCAGAUUUGUCAGAAACCUGGGGGAAAGAAAAGCCACAGAUCACAGACCAAAUUAAUUUUCCACAGCAAGAAAUAGCUCAACCAGAGUUAGUACAUCUGGCUCUGCAAUAUUCUUUCAGUGAACAAAUGCAAGAAGAAAUGCAGACAGAGCCAGAGUAUCCAGAACAAACAUUUUAUGUAAGUGCAGAAGUGCAUGAAGAAAUAACACAACACAGAUCAGAGCAAUCACAUCUUUUAAGUUCUACUGGCAAAACAGAGCAACAAGAAAUAGUAAAUCCAGAGCCCGAGCAGCAAGCAAUUUUGCCAUUUUCCAGUGGAAAAGAAACUCCACCAGAAAUGGAAAUGAGUUCAGAACACCCAGAUAUGUUAUAUUUAUCUCAUGAAGCUGAACAACAAAAAAAAUUGAAACAUCCAACCUUACCAUUUCGUUCAAAGCAACAAGAAACUGCACCACUGAUGGUGGAACGUCCAGAUUUUUCAUGUGAGAGUGGUGAGGCAAAACCAGGCAACAUCAUAGAACAGGAAUUGGGACAUGCAGAGCUCUCACAUUCCAUGGAAGAAACACAAGAAUCAGAACAUUUGGAUUCAUCAGGAGCUCAAAUUGAAGCAGCAGAAGAUGAAAGCAUGGAAUUGGAAUCUAAAUACCCAAAUUUGUCAUAUUCUGAUGGCCAAAGAAACAAGCAAAAAACAUCACGAUUGGAUUCGGAAUAUUCAGAAUUAUCAUUUUCCUUUGGUAAAGCCAAAGAACAAGAACAAGAGUCUGAGUCUAAACAUCAAGAAUUGCCUAAAGUGGCCAGAAAAAGAGCUUCUCCAGCAACCAUACAAAUGGGGUCAAAGCAUCCAGAUUUGACAUAUUCCCCUGGCAAAGCAAAUGAGGCAGAAAUUGGAACAGGGGAAAUGAAGCACCGUGAUUUGUCACAUUCGACUGAUGAGACAAAACAACAUGAAGUAGUACUAUUGGAUCAGAAACACAGAAAAAUUUCUGUUGGCAGAGAAAAGCAGCAGCAGCAAACUACAAAACAACAGUUAGAACAAGAAAACUUAUCCUAUUCUGGUAAAACAGAGCAAUUUAAACAUGCCCCGGAACAACCGGAUUUAUCAUUUUCCAUUGACUGGCUGAAUGAUGAAAUGACCCCAGCAGAGGCAGAACACACUGAUGUGAUAUAUCCUCUGAACAUCGCACAGAUGCCACAAAGAGAACAUCAAGAAACAGAGAAAACUUACCCCUUUGGAAAAGCAGAACAGAAAACUGUUCAGCCUGUAAUGGAAAUUCCACAUUCUAUGGGUACAGCAGCAGCAGAAGAAGAAAGGGCAGAACAAGGGCAGGGACAUACUGACUUGCCUUACUCCAUUUUCAAAGCUGGAGGACUGCAAACUGCACAGCUGAAACCUGAACACCCUGGUCUAGCAUGUUCCCUUGACAAAGACCAGGAAACAACCCAGCUGCAGUUAGAAGAGCCAGAUAUGUUGUGUGCUCAUGAAAAAUCAGAGCAACUCCCACCUGCCCGGCUAGAGCUGGGCCACACAGAGCUCACAUCACCCGCCAACAAAGUGGGACAGCGAAAGAUGGAUCACACAGCCUUGGGACACCCUGAGGAGGAACAGUCUGUCAGCAAAGCAGAGCAUCCACAAGCUGCUGAAGAGAAACCAGAAGCUCCAAAUUCAUCACCUCCUGGUGGAAAUGCAGAACGAAGAGAAAUGGCAAAACCAGAGACAAAGCAUCCUGAUUUAUCAUGUUCCAUUGAUAAAACACAAACACAAGAAACCACACAGCCAGUGUUAGGAAAACCAGAUCUAUCGUCUUGGCCUGGCAAAACAGAGCAGGCACAAACUGCUCAAGAGGAGCAGCCAAGUUUCUUGCGAUCUUUCAAAAAACUUACACAAGGUGAGAAGGAACAGCCAAAAUUGGGACAAUCACAGUUACCUUAUUCUGUUAGCAAAGCAGAGCAAGAAACUACACAUGCGAUAUCAAACCAUUCCGGUUUACCCGUUGGGAGAUUAGAACACCAUGAAAUCAAAAAAACAGACGCAGAAAUAAUGGAUUUAUCGUGUCCAAUUGCUGAAACACAGCAACCUCAAAUUGCUGAAGUGGAUUUGGAGUGUGCAAAUUUAUUGCAUUCCACUGACACAGUACAGCCACAAGAAGAGAGUCAACCAGAACAGGAACAGACGGGUGAUUUUUCGUCAUUGCUCAGCAAAGAGGAACAAGGGGAAGGUGCAGCGAUGCAGCCAGAACACUCUGAGCUUCAGUGCCCUAUGGGGAAAACAGAAGGAAUGCAAAGUUCCCAAGCAAAAUCAGAAUAUGCAAAUUUGUCAUUCACUGUUGGCACAGCAGAACCUUGUAAAACACAGCCAGAGAUGAAAGACCGUGAUUUGUUGUGUUCUGUUGUCAAAACAAAGCCAUCAUGGGCUGCCCCACUGGAGUCUGAACUUCCAGAUGUCUUGGAUGCCAUGGGCAAAGCACCUCCCUCUGAUAAGUCCUCUGCUGUUAGUGAAGAGAAACGAAGCACACGUGUGGAGUUUGAACAACAGAGAGGAAGCUAUACACUCCAGCCAGAGGAAAGAGUACAACUGAAAUUGGAACAGCCAUUGUUUUCAAGCUCUUGUGGUACAGCAGAACAACCAAACAGGGCUUCACUGGAAGGGGAAUUUCCAGACUUACCACGAUCACCCGGCAAAACAGAAAAACAGGAAACCGCACCAGCAGGGUUCGUGUCUUCUGACUUUUCGUAUUCCAUGGGAAAAUCUGAGCAGUUGCGACUGGAACAACUGAAAUCAAAACAUCCAGUUUUGUCGUAUUCUCCUGACAAAGCAGAGACUUGUAGAAUGAAACCAUCAGAUUUAUUGUACUCCUGUGGCAAAGCAGAGCAGCCACAGACUGCACAGCUGGACCACCCAAAGACACCAUAUUUCACAGGUGAAAUGGAAUGGAGGGAUGUGGCCCAACCUGAACCACAGUGCAUACAUUUGCAGUACUCUGUUGCUGAAACAGAGCAAAGAGGAACACCUUCUGUAUCAUAUGCCUUUGGCAGGACUGAGGAGCAGGGAACUGCACAACUGGGGUUGGAACAACCAGAUUUAUUAAGUCCAACUGACAAAGCAGAAAAGCAGGAAAUGGCCCAGCUGACAGCAGGAUAUUCAGAGAAGCGAGACAUAGGAGCUACUUCAUCUGUAACUGUUCACUUGGAAACUUAUCAACAAGAUUUAUCCUUUUCCACUGAGCAAGCAGAAAGACAAAACUUUCAACUCCAUUCAUCUUUUACUGAACAAACAGUGUCUGUGCCUUCGGAUGUUUCACAUGCUGUCUCUGAAACAAAACCAGAAGGAAGUCCAAAGUCUUCACCUGCAAUUGGAGUCCUAUCCCCCAAAGACUUAGAUUUAUCUUACACCCACCGUAGAACAGAGCAGUCAGAAACUGCCCAGCCUGAGUCAAGUUUUUUCUUUGCAAAAAAAGUAGAGAAUACAGAAGAUAAUCUACAUUUGCUUGUGACUGCCCAGUCAGAGGCUGAGCACGCAAUUUUACCUGAAACAGAGAGACAACAGACUCCACAUUACUUCCACACAGCUACACAUUUAGAAUCUGAACAAUUAAAUCUAUCAUAUUCUACAGAUAAAGCCAAAACUCUAGAAAAUCAAUAUUUAACUGUACCUUCAAAGCCUGAGUCUGAACCUUCAGUUCCAUUUCAUCCUGCUGAUGAAACAUAUCAGCAAGAAAUUCCACCUUAUUCAGAACCAUCCUCUGAGUAUUUGGUUCCCACAUGGUCCCUUGCUGAACAAGAGAAGCAAAGUAUGCAGCCACUUACUCCCCAGUCUGCACAACCAGAGAGUAAACAUGUAAUUCCACUACAUGAUGAGAAAGAAUUGCAAAAAAUUCAGCUCUGCUCACCUAAAACAGCAAGCCUGAAGACAGUGCAGUUGGCGACUGUGCCACUAAGGCACAUACAAGACCAAGACAAGCAAGAGUCUCAAGAGCACUUGUUGGACACAAAAUAUUUGUCAUCAGAGCAGCUAAGAUGUGGUCCCAAAUUCACUACUGAUCAAGAAAAGCAAGAAAUGCAACAUGAUGUGCAGACAAUGCCAAGAUCAGUGAGUAGGGAGUCAAAGGUGACUGCUGCAGCAGACCAGCAAGCAGUGUCAUCAGAUUCAUUUGUACCUUUUCAUACAUUACCAGAGAGGUCACUAUCAGAGGCUUUCCCUGAUGAUGAAGAGAAACAAAAUAUUCCAUCAUCUUUAUCCGAUGUGGCGGGCAUGCUUAGAAAGCAAUCUGACAGUUUUUCAGAUGUUUAUACUGAAGGAGAGGAUAGACAAGAAAUGCAGCAGCAUUUUGCAGAACGGGAGCAUGUGUCCUCAGAGCAUCUAGGAGCUGUUUCAUCAGGUCUUGUUUAUGAAACUGUGACACACAAAACUCAGCAUCAUUCUGGUGAACAGAGCAGCCUUUCUUCAGCAGAGAUGAAGUUCAUUAGCUCUAGUUCUGAUGGAAAGGAGAACCCAGAUGUUUCAUCUUUUGGGCUAGCUGGCUGGCUGGCAGAAGAGGUCAAAUCUCGUUCAAUUAGUCCCAUAAGAGCUGCAGAAUUAGACAGGCAAGGAAUUCAACUUUCUUCAAAUGAAGUUUCUGAUGAAGAACAUAUAUUUAGAGUCUCUGAUUCAGUGUCGAGUGAAAUUUCCCACAGAAUGUGUUCAGACACUGAUCACAGAACACAAAGGUAUGACCUACUACCUUUGGUAGGAGAUAUUCCAAGUCCAGAAAAAGUUCCACAGCCUGGAACUUGUCUUGGAAGCCCUGCAAAAAAGGAAGCAAUGCAACAUCCAGAGGCAGAUAGAGUGUCUGAAGCACCACAAUAUUAUUUGAGAGAAGAUGCAGAAAUGAAACAUGUGAGUGCUGUGGAAGACAGUCAGCAUGCUCCAGAGACUAUUGAACAAAAAGAUCUAUUCAAUAUAAUUUCAGAAGGUUAUGAAAUACUCAACAUCCAUGCUCCUACACAUAUUUCUUUUGUUGAUCAAGAAGAAAGUAAACACAUGCCAGAUAAACUAGAAUAUCUGGAAACAACUCCUUCCUUUAGAAGGAAAUUAGCUGCUGAUAGCCACAGAGCCCUAGCUUCUGGGACAACUACAGAAAUUUCAGAACACUCAGUGUUAGGAAAGCCUGCAAGCCAUGAACUAAAAGAAUUGGUCAAAAAUGAUGAUGUUGAGGAAACUGGAGAAACACAACAAGAAAACCCCAUGUUGCCAGAAAACAAUAAUAAUGCAGUGUUGGAUCCUAAUAAUGCUAUGGCUGAUAUGGAUUAUUUUGAAAAAUACACAUUGAUUGAUGACAAAUCCCCAGUUAAGCCACAUUUUGAAAGACCAAGUUUGUUGUUUCCUGUGGCAGAAGAUCCCAAAGAACCUGUGGAAGAAGCCACAUCUUCCAAAGAAAGCACUGAAGUAGAUACUUUGGAAGAGGAGUUUUCCUUACUUGAAGAUCUGGAUGAAGUCUUUUAUGGUACUGCGAAAGGAAAAAGCAAAAUGCAGUCCUAUGCAGAUGCUCCAAAACCUUUACCUCUGCAGAAAUCAUUUGAUACUAGCAGUAAAAAGGUUAUAAAUGUAGAUGAUGAAUCGAAGUCACCGGGGACACCACUCUUUGAUUCAGAAGAAGGAGUGCUGGAACGUUCUCUGUUGUUCCCCACUACUGUUGCUGCCAUUAAUCCAGAGCUUCUGGAGGAGCCACCUGCUCUGUCAUUUUUAUACAAGGACCUCUAUGCAGAAGCAGUAGGAGAAAAGACAAAGGAUGAGACUCCCUCUGAUGAGGAAAGUGGUAAUUCUAAUGCAUCUUUCCCAAGUAGAAAUUCAGACACAGAUGAUGGAAUGGGAAUAUAUUUUGAAAAAUACAUUCUUAAAGAUGAGAUUCCCAGUAAGGCCACAGGACCUCAAAAGGAACAGAUACCAGAGGAUGAGUCCUUUAGUGGAGGAAUUUCAUUUCAGAUUUCAGAAGACAAAGAUAAGCAGGAGUCUGAUGACGUUCAAUCUGUUAGAACUGAGGUUCUGACAGAAAGGAGUGUUGUGGAGAGAGAGAAAGUCCAGAUUGACAGUGACAUUCAAGCAACAAUUUGUAAACCAAUGCAUGCUAUUCCUUUUGGAAGCAAAGGAAUUCUUUCAGGUGCAAGAACUGCCACCACUGAACAAGGAGAAGAAGAAAAUGAACCUGUAGAAACAACUGAGGAGUUGCCAGAGCAAUCACAUCACCAGGAGUAUAGUCAGCUAGGGGAUUAUCAGGGAGCUGCAUAUCAAGGGGCUGAUAAUAAGCAGGAAGAACAGCAUAACGUAACACCAGUUUCUCAAAUGGAAAAAUACAUCCCAUAUGUUAGGACACCUGUUGAAGACAGUGAAGAUGAUCAGUACACUCAGGAAAAUCUGUCCUGUGUCCCUGUCAUUCAGCAAACAGAGAAGCCAGACUUGCAAAGAGAGGAGCAGCACCUUGAUGUUUAUGAUCUUGCUGAGUCAAUGGAUUAUGAUGUGAUUACACAAGAAGAACUUUUGCAAUAUGAAAUUUCAUCUCAAUUAACACAUGAGGAGCUAUUGUUUGAAGACAGGGACUCUUUUGAGCAUGCUGGGGAUAGUUAUGAAUUUGUUAAUGAUCCAGAGCAAAGAACAUCUGUUGAGCUUGAAGAUUUAGGCUUUGUGCUGAUGCAUCCUGAAAAAUCAGCAACAAACAUUCCUCAGGUUGAGAGCCCACAAAGAGAACUGAAGAAGGCACAAGCAGACACAUAUUGUUACCACUGCAAAUGCCCGAUAUCUGCUAUUGACAAGCUUUUUGGAGACCAUAAAGACCAUGAGGUCACAACACUAGAUGAUGCUGCAACCAAGAUGAAGGAUCAGUUAAGUGAAUUGCUAAUAGCACUGGAAGAAAAGUCGAUGAAGAUUGAAGAGUUUGUGAGUGAUAUUGAAUCACUAUUUAACUCUGUAGAGGAAAACUGCAAGAAAAAUGCAGAGUUAUUGGAAAAGCAGAACGAAGAGAUGCUUAAGAAAGUGGUGGCACAAUAUGAUGAGAAAUCGGAGAACUUUGAGGAAGUGAAGAAGAUGAAAAUGGAGUACCUGUAUGAGCAGAUGGUUAACUUCCAGCAAACUGUUGAUUCAGCAAAGGAGACUUUGGAGACAACAGUAAAAGAAAUGGAAGAACUUGAUGGAUUUGUUUUCCUAAAUUCAUCUAAAGAAUUAAAUAAAAGAUUACUAUCUGCAAUGGAUACUACCCUCUCUUUAGAAAAAGUGCCCAAGGCGUUUUCACUGUUUGAGCACUAUGCCGACAGUCCAGGACAAAGCAACCAGCACUCCCUAAAACAUGUGCCUGUCCCACAGACACCGACUGUUGUACCUCAGGAGCCAAACUCAGCCACCAGUACCUCCAUUGCCAUCUACUGGGCAGUGAACGAUGGGGAUGCCAUUGACUGCUUUCAGGUCUACUGUAUGGAGGAGCCACAAGCCAGCAGAGAUUUGGGGGCUUUGGUGGAAGAAUACAGAGUGACGGUGAAGGAGAGCCACUGCAUUUUGGAGGACCUGGAGCCAGAUCACUGCUACAGUGUGUGGGUCAUGGCUGUGAAUAGCACAGGCUGUAGCUUGCCCAGUGAAAAAGCCAUUUUUAAAACAGCCCCCGCCAUCCCCACCAUCAAGGCUGAGGACUGCACGGUGUGCUGGGACACGGCCACUGUCCGCUGGCAUGCCAGCUUGGCCUCGGUGGAGUCCUUCACUCUGGAGUACUGCAGACAGCACUCGCCGGAAGGAGAAGGUCUCAGAUCUUUUGCUGGUAUAAAGAGACCUGAACUGAAAGUAUCCCUGGAGCCCAAUGUGAACUAUUUCUUCUACUUGAGGGCUGUCAACCCAUUUGGGACAAGUGAACAAAGUGAAGCAGCUCUCAUCUCAACUAAAGGAACCCGAUUUCAGCUCUUGAGUGACACAGCCCAUCCUGCUUUGCAAAUCUCCUCCAAUGCAACAGUGAUCCACCUUCCUGAGAAAACCAAGUUCACUGGCUUUCCUUCAGUCCUGGGUGAACUGCUGCCUGCUCGGGGACGUCAUUACUGGGAAAUCGUUGUCUCUACCUGCAGAAGCUACAGGAUUGGGAUUUGCUAUGAGGCAGUAUCACAGAGUGAUGUCCUAGGGCUGAAUGAUACCUCCUGGUGCAUGUGGUGCUGUCCUACACAAACCAGCUUUCUUUACAGAUUUCUUCACACUGGUGUGAUGAGUGAUGUCUGCGUGACAGAACGCCUGUCCAGGAUCGGUAUCCUGUUGGACUACAGUAGCAGCAGACUGUUGUUCUUCAAUGUAGAGAGAGGGCUGGUGCUGUUAACCAUCAGGCACAAAUUCACUGAUGCUGUUCACCCUGCCUUUGCCCUGGAAAAGUCUGGAGUACUUACACUGCACACGGGCAUGGAGCUGCCAGAGUUUGUGAAGCACAGUUAA